AUGCCCUUUUUGGCAGCGACCAUGGGUGCAUGGUGGAUAUUGGCUGGAGCUCUGGCUGGGAUCCUCACCGUCCCCCGGGGCAUAAAUGGAGCUUGUAUCUACGAGGGAUCGCUGUAUGCGAACAACACAUCAUGGAGACCUCAGUCGUGUCAGGAGUGUACCUGCUACAGCGACGUGGCCAUCUGCAGGCCCACCUACUGUCCAAACCCAGAGUGUGAUAUCCAGAGGGGCGAGCGUUUGAGGAUCCCUGCCAACCAGUGCUGUCCGGAGUGCAUCUCCUCGUCCCAGGGCUCCUGCCAGUACGAAGGAGUCAUUUAUGCACAUGACAGCCAGUGGAGUCCCUCGCCCUGUACGGCGUGUGUCUGCUCCAGAGGUAGUGUGUCCUGCACCCCUCACCCCUGCUCACCUGUCAGCUGUCCCUCGGACCAGAGCCCGUUCACCCCAGCUGGAGAAUGCUGCCCCAAGUGUGGCCGCAAUGGAGAGUCUUGCUCCUGGCAAGGCACUGCAUACAGAGACGGUGAAGAGUGGAAGCCGAGCCUCUGCUCCAGAUGUGUCUGCAGCAACGGGGAGGUCCGGUGUUCGGUAGCAGAGUGUCAGCAAGUGGCCUGCAAACCGCAUGAAAACCUGGUGAUCCAGCCAGGCCGCUGCUGUCCUCAAUGUGUGUCCAAUCCCUGUCUGUCUGCUGGUAAACAGCACCAGCAUGGCGAGCAGUGGCAGAAGAACGCCUGCACCACAUGUGUGUGUGACCGGGGUCAGUCUAAGUGCCACACACACACCUGUCAGCCCGCUUCCUGUGCCAAGGGUCAGACCAAAGUGAAGCGCACUGGUCAGUGCUGUGAUGAAUGCGCCGCCGCCAAGGGAAGCUGCCUGUACGAGGGGGCGGUGCGUUACCAUGGAGACAUGUGGAAUGGCACGGGCUGCGAAUUCUGUAACUGCAACCGGGGCCAGGUCCUCUGCCAGAGGGCCGAGUGUGCUCGUGUUGAAUGUCCGCAGGGAGCGGAGCUCAUCCACCUGCCUGGGAAGUGCUGCCCGGAAUGUUCCUCUGCCAAACCCUCCUGUUUGUACGAGGGGAAAUCCUACAAGGACCUGGCUCGUUGGAGCGAUAGCGGUUGCAGGGAUUGUGAGUGUCGGGAUGCUCAGGUGAUUUGUUAUCUGCAAUCCUGCCCCACAUGCCCGCCAGGGACCCUGGUCAUCACCCAGGAGGGCCGAUGCUGCCCCGAGUGUCGCCAAGUCCAGUGCCACGCACACUGCCUGUCGUGCUCGGGGACUGCGGAUCAUUGUGAAAGCUGCAGGGACCCGAAGGCCUUCCUUCAUCUUGGCCGCUGUCUGUCCGUCUGCCCAGCCGGCUACUUCUCUGAGGGACGAGUGUGUGAAGCCUGCCAGUCAUCCUGCACCACCUGUUCCAGCAGGUGGGACUGCCAGUCCUGCGGCCCCCAGCAGCCCCUGCUCAGCGCUGAUAGCGGCGAGUGCCUGGCUUCCUGUCCUCCGGGUUCCUACCAGCAGGACAACACACACUGUCGCCGCUGUCAUGAGUCGUGCUCAGAAUGCCGUGGGCCGGGCCAGCAGGAGUGUGUGUCAUGUUCCGACCCGGCUGCCUUGCUCAAAGACGGGGGAUGUGUCCCUGACUGUGGCGCUGGUUUCUACAGUCAAGAAGGCGUAUGCUACGCCUGCGAUUCGUCCUGUGCCUCCUGUUUCCUUGACAACCCCAAUUGCAUGAGCUGUCUGCCGGAAGCCGCCUUGCACCAUGGGAAAUGUAUUUCCCAAUGUCCAGCACAGCAUUACCUGGACGACAACAGCAGAUGCAGAGUCUGCCACAGCUCCUGCUCUUCCUGUUGGGGUCCCUCUGUGUCCCAGUGUACCCUGUGCCCAGGUGGGCGCCUUCUUCACCAGGGUCAGUGUGUGGAGGCCUGUGGGGAAGGACUUUACUCCCAGGACACCACCUGCCACAAUUGUCACCCCUCUUGCCGGUCCUGUGUGGGACCCUUGGCCUCAGACUGCCUCCGCUGUUUGAAACCAGAGGAAGCCCUCCUGCUGCAGUCCAGUCCCCUCCAGCACGGCGUCUGCACAGCCGGGUGUCCUACACACAGCUUCCUGGAUCACAUGCACACAUGCAGAGAGUGUCAUCCCUCCUGCUGGCUCUGUACUGGGCCAUCUGCAGACAACUGCACAUCCUGUCCCCCCCCAUCCAGCCUGCAUGAGGGCCGCUGUGUCCACACCAGCCCACAAGGCUUCUUUAUGCAGGACAACCAGUACCAAGCAUGCCACCCGUCCUGCCAGACGUGCUCGGGGCCCUCUCAGGCGGACUGCACCUCCUGCCCCCCCCUGGCCUCCCUACAGAGCGGCUACUGCAGGACAAGCUGCCAGGAGGGGCUCUUCCUCAACGCCGUCACUGGAGAGUGCUACAAGUGCAGCUCAGACUGUCAGCGCUGCACGGCAGACCUCCAGACGGGCAUCGGCAGUGUGUGUCUCUGGUGUAAAGUGGCGAGGACCUGGCUGCUUGGCGAUCACUGCGUCUCCCACUGUCCUCAGGGACACUACGGCUAUCACGGAGCCUGCAUCAGAUGCCAUUCGUCGUGUGAUGGCUGCAGUGGGGCGGGGCCUCUCUCCUGUACGUCCUGCCCGUCCGGCAGCGUUCUGUUGCCCUCGGGUCUCUGCGCUCCAGAAUGUCCUCUCGGUUACUAUGACAAUGGUCACAAGAUCUGUCAAGUGUGUGACAGCCAGUGCCUGACGUGCGACAUGCCCGGUGUGUGUACGUCCUGCCGCGACCCGGCCAAGGUGCUGCUGUUCGGAGAGUGCCAGUAUGACAGCUGCGCCCAUCAGUACUACCUCAACACCAGCACCCGGGCCUGCAGAGAGUGCGACUGGAGCUGCAACGCCUGUAAAGGUCCUCUGAGGACAGACUGCCUGCUGUGCAUGGAGGGACAUGUGCUGCAGGAUGGACUGUGCACCCAGGGGUGCUCCACUGGCUUCUAUCGAGACGGUGACAAAUGCCUCGGCUGUGAUGAUCACUGCACUGAGUGUCGGGGUCCAGGACAGUGCCAUAUGUGCCAGCCUCCCUACGCCACCCUGCAGGGUCAGUGUGUGCUGGAAUGUGGCCGGAACUACUUCCUGGAAGCCUCCUCGCAGAUUUGCAAACCUUGCUCGUCCGACUGUGUGCUGUGUGACGGGGUUGGACGCUGCAGUGCGUGUCGUGACCAAACCUUCCUCAUGGAAGGAUACUGCACGCCCAACUGUGGACACGGAUUCUACGCAGACCAAAAGACCAGGACCUGCCACGGUAACACCCACCCCCCUGCCCUCCAGGUGAACGGCUCCCUGCUGGUUCCCCUCAGUGGGAUUUCCCCGCUGGCCCCCAGCCUGCUGCAGGUGAGGGACCCCGACAGUCCGUCUGAGCGGCUCGUCUUCCAGCUCGUUCAGAUCCCGAGUAACGGAGAGCUGGUCCUGUUCAGAGGGGAGGAAGGAGAGGGGAAGGAAGGUCGAGACCUGACCAGGGACGACACCUUCACCUGGGCGGAGCUGAGGACGGGCCGGGUCCGCUUCAGGCACCAAAGAGAAAAAGCCAGGACCGGGGAGUUCACCUUGCGUGUCGCGGACCCUGAACUGUUCUCCCAGCCCGAAAUAAUCCAAGUUCAAGCCGUGUCAAUGCAGCCCCCAGUGGUUGUGACUCUCACUCCUUUACCCGUGGAGAGCCGUGGAGCCAUGGCAACCAUCACCAAGUCGGUCCUACAGGUCGACGACCCCGACAACCCAGCCGAUGUUUUGGUCAUGGUCCUUGAACCGCCCCGUCACGGCCGGCUGACACGUCUACACGGCGACCGGACGCUCAGCAGAUUCAAGCUGGACGAAUUGUCACGGGAACAGAUCCAGUACAUCCACGACGGCUCCGAGGGGGCGGAGGACGGGAUGGUGCUGCAAGUCAACGACGGACACAGCUACAGGAAUAUUCUCCUCCAAGUCCACAUCAAUCAGAAGGCUGCUGACGCUCCACAGGUGAUGUCCGUGCCAAUGACCUGGGUAAAGGAAGGAGGCAUGGUGCGCCUGGAUAAAAAAUACCUGCAGACUGACUACAAGGGAGUCAGCAGCGAAGACAUCGUGUACACCAUCGUCGUCUCAGACGGACAGCCUAAAUAUGGUGAGGUGGUGUUGGUGUCCAUGCCAGCUGACGGCCCCUCAGAAGGCUGGCGCCCGUUGAUAAGCGAUGACCGAGGCUUCACGGCCACCACCUCCUUCACUCAGCAGGACGUAAACGAUGGCACAGUCUGGUACCGCCACUUCGGCAGUGGUUCAAAUAGCGACUCCUUCCAGUUCCAGGUUUCAGAGGCAUCCCAGGUUAUUCAGAGCGAUGCUCAGACCUUUACCAUAGGAGUCCUGCCUCAGAGCCCAGGAUUCCCCCAGCUGGCCCCUGACUGCGAUCUACAGGUCACGGCGCUGGAGGAUCGGGUAACAGAGAUAACGCCUUCAGCUCUGUCCUUCGUGGACUCUGAGACUCCCAGCGAGAAGCUCAUCUACAACAUCACCAAACCCCUGCCACAAGGACAAGGUGCGAUCGAGCAUGUGGACAGGCCGAACACACCGGUGACACAUUUCACUCAGGCGGACGUCAACAAUGGCAAGAUCCUCUACAGACCCCCUCCGGCCCCUUCACACCUGCAGGAGCUCUACCAGUACUCCUUCAUUGGUCUGCCCGAGUCGCUGAGUGUCUAUUUCACAGUGUCUGACGGUGAACACACCACUCCUGAGUUGGACUUUGCCGUCCUGCUGCUGUCCAACCAUCAGCAGCCGCCGGUGUUCCAGAUCCUGGACCCGCUGCUGGAGGUCAGCCUGGGAGGAGAGGCCAACAUAGGCGGUCGGCAGCUGGAAGUGAGCGACGCCGACACGGCUCCUGAUGAGCUGGAGUUUGAGCUGGUGGAGGCUCCCGUCAACGGAGAGCUGAUUAAGACCGAUGGCGGCACACACACAAGCAUGGCCAACGGCGACAUCUUCACCUUCAGCGACAUCACACUCAACGUUCUGCUCUAUCGACACACCAACCUCGCCACCCGGGAUGACGCCAUCACCUUCUCCGUAAGCGAUGGCAUCUCCAUGGCGCUCAUCGUGGUGCAGGUGGCGGUGCUGGACGUCGGGGGGGAGGGGCCGCAGCGGGACCCAGCAGCUACGCUGUCUCUGGAAGUGGGCCAGAAGAGCAGCACCGUGAUCAGGCGCUCACACCUGGCUUACACUGACAACACGUCCCCAGAUAACCAGAUUCAGAUCCAGUUGGUGUCGGUGCCGAUGUACGGCCUGCUGACCAGGAGCCAUUCCCAGCAGGAGCACCAGGAGCUCAGGGAGUACUCCUCCUUCACCAUGGAGGACAUCAGCGAGCACCAGAUCAGGUACAUUACUUCCAUAGAGACGGGCAGCCAGCCCAUCACCGACAUCUUCCACUUUGUUGUUUACGAUGGAGACAAUAAUCGCCUCGACAACCAGAUGUGCACCAUCACCGUUACCUCCACGCCAAGACAGCCACCCGUGGUGACAGUCAACAGCGGCAUCAAGGUCCAGGAAGGCGGCCGAGUGGCGCUGUCUACCAAUCACAUCCUAGUGUCAGACCUGGACACACCCAGGAAGGACCUGCUGGUUUGGAUCAUCAGUCCUCCAAAGUACGGCUUCAUUGAAAACACCAACAGAGGAGGCUCAAUUGGCGGCUCGAGGGCCAUCACCCCCGAUGUCCCCUUCUCAGUGGAGGACCUGACGGCUGACCACAUCUUCUACGUCCAGGACAGCCAGAAAAAAGCUCCGGCCAAACAGGACGUGUUCAGCUUCUACAUCAGCGACGGACAUAGCCAGACGGAGGCUUUCAACGUUGAAAUUGACAUCCAGGAGAGUAAAGAGGACAGAGAGCCUGUGGUGGCAGUCAGUAGCAUCCACGUGGAGGAAAACUCCGGAGUGGUCAUCACCAACUCGUCUCUCAGCGUCCUGGACCAGGACACACCGGACAACGAGAUCCUGUUCACCAUCGUCAGGAAGCCUUCCUACGGAAAACUCCGCAGACGGCAGUUUUACUCUCAGCCUCUGGAGAACGGCCGGGUCCUCUUGCAGGGCUCCACCUUCACCUACCAGGACAUCCUGGACCAGUUGCUUGUCUACACACCUGAAACAGUCAGCGGGGGUGCAGAUGAAAUGGGUUUCACCCUCACCGAUGGCAUCUAUACACAAACGGGCCGUCUGGAGUUCACCAUGGACGUCAGGAGGAGCGAAGGACCCCACAUGACCGUCAACAGAGGCCUGCAGCUCCCAGCAGGAUCCUCGAUUAAGAUCACAGAGCAGAAUCUGAAAGGUACUGACAUCGACUCAGACAGCCUGAAGCUCCGCUACGUCCUGACGAAAGACCCUCCGGCCGGCAAACUGCAGCUCAGCCAGAGCGGAGAUGUGGAGAAGAUUUCUGUCAAAGGUCCCGUACAGAGCUUCACUCAGGAGGACGUCAACAAAGGCCUGCUGCAGUACAGCCAUGAGAAAGGGGAGAAGGGGGGCAGCCUGUUGUUCAAGUUCAACCUGGUUGAUCCCGAGGGCAACAAGCUGAUCGACCAGUCCUUCUUCAUCAGCGUGCUCGAGGACCGUCUUCCUCCGUCUGUGGUGGUAAACAAAGGCCUGGUUCUGGAUGAAAACACGAUGAAGAAGCUGACCACGCUGCAGCUGUCUGCCAGCGAUCAGGACAGUGAGCCGGGGGAGCUCAUCUAUCGCAUCACCAAACAGACGAGCCUGGGUCACCUGGAGCACGCCAACAGCCCAGGCACCAGAAUCAGCACAUUUACCCAGGCCGAUCUUGCAUCGCGCAGCAUCCAGUACGUCCACACCAGUGAAGAAGAGAAGCAUGCUGACCAGUUCUCAUUCACUGUGUCCGACGGGACAAAUGAGGUUGCCCAGACGUUCUACAUCACCAUCAAGCCAGUGGACGACUCCCUGCCUCUGCUCCAGGUUCCUGGCAUGAGAGUCCAGGAAGGAGUGAGGAAGACCAUUACUGAAUUUGAGCUAAAAGUCACUGACGCAGACACUGAGGCGGAGUCCAUCGUCUUCACCGUUGUCCAGGCUCCUCGUCACGGCACCGUUGAGCGCACGAGCAACGGCCAACACUACCGUCAGACCAGCAGCUUCACCAUGGACGACGUCUACCAGAACCGCAUCAGCUACAACCACGACGGCUCCAACUCGCUCAAGGACCGCUUCACCUUCGGCGUGGCAGAUGGCACCAACCUGCUCUUCAUGGUGGAGGAGGGCGGAAAGGAGGUUGUAACAGCUGCUCCUCAGAAGUUUAAGAUUGAUAUUCUGCCAGUUGACGAUGGCACGCCGCGUAUCGUCACCAACCUGGGGCUGCAGUGGCUGGAGUACAUGGACAACAAGGCCACCAACCUGAUCACUAAGAAGGAGCUGCUGACCAUGGAUCCGGACACUGAUGACGGACAGCUGGUUUAUGAAGUCACCACGGAGCCAAAGCACGGCUUCCUGGAGAGCAAGCUGAAACCUGGUACCUCCAUCAGCACCUUCACCCAAGCUGAUAUCAACCUGGGUCUGAUCCGCUACGUGCUGCAUCAGGACAACGUCCAGGAAACCAUGGACAUCUUCAAGUUCACGGUGAAAGACAGCAAACCAAAUGUUGUCAGCGACAACGUCUUCCACAUCCAGUGGUCCCUCAUCAGCUUCAAGCACAAAAGCUACAAUGUCAGUGAAAAGGCCGGCACAGUGGCGGUAACGGUGAAGCGAACAGGAAACCUCAACCAGUAUGCCAUCGUGCUCUGCCGCACCGAGCAGGCCAGCGCCACCUCCACCAGCAGCGAGGGGUCCCGUCCAGGCCAGCAGGACUACGUGGAGUACGCUGGACAGGUCCAGUUUGAUGAGCGUGAGGACACCAAGGUGUGCACCAUAGUGAUAAACGACGACAAGGUGUACGAGGGAACUGAGAGCUUCCACGUGGAGCUGAGCAUGCCCGCGUACGCGCUGCUGGGCGGAAACACGCGCGCCAUCGUCAACAUCAACGACACCGAGGACGAGCCCACCAUGCAGUUUGAUAAGAAGACGUACCACAUCAACGAGAGCACCGGCUUCAUCCACGCGCCCAUCGAGAGAAAAGGUGACACCUCCAGCACGGUGUCGGCCCUCUGCUACACCGUGGCCAAGUCGGCGCAGGGCAGCAGCCUCCACGCUCUGGAGUCUGGCUCCGACUACAAGAGCCGCGGCAUGACCAACGACAACCGCGUCAUCUUCGGCCCGGGAGUCAGCAUGUCCACCUGCGACGUCAAGCUCAUUGACGACAGCGAGUACGAGCUGUCGGAGGAGUUCCAGCUGGUGCUGUCGGACGCGUCGGAUAACGCCCGUGUGGGGGAGGUGAUGACGGCCAAAGUUGUCAUCGACGGACCCAACGACGCGUCCACUGUUUCUCUCGGGAACGCCACCUUUACUUUCACCGAAGAUGCUGGCACAAUUGAAAUACCAGUGCUGCGCCUUGGCAGUGACCUGUCCUCCCUGACCUCUGUGUGGUGUGCCACCCGACCUUCAGACCCCCCCUCAGCGAGCCCGGGAGUCGACUACAUCCCAAGCUCCAAGAAGGUGGAGUUCAAACCUGGUAGUACCGAGGAGACAUGCAGUUUGACCAUUAUGGACGACAUCCAGAACCCGUCCAUCGAAGGAUCCGAGUCGUUUGUGGUGUUCCUCAGUUCUCCUCAGGGUGCUGUCCUCCAAGAGCCCUAUGAAGCCAACGUCGUCAUCAUCGACACCUUCCAGGACAUUCCCAGCAUGCAGUUCGGGAAGACUGCUUACACUGUCAAGGAGAAAGACAGCAUCCUGCACAUCCCCAUUAUCCGCACCGGUGACCUGUCCUUCAAGUCAUCAGUGCGCUGCUUCACCCGGACCAUGUCAGCCAUGGUGAUGGACGACUUCGAGGAGAGGAGGAACGCUGACGAGUCACGCAUCACUUUCCUCAAAGGAGAGAAGGUAAAAAACUGCACCGUGCACAUCAACGACGACUCUGUUUUUGAGCCUGAAGAGGAGUUCCAGGUGCAUCUUGGGACACCACUGGGAGACCACUGGAGCGGUGCCAUGGUGGGCGUUAGCGACAUCGUCACAGUCACCAUCACCAAUGAUGAAGAUGCUCCUACCAUUGAGUUUGAGCAGGCGUCCUAUCAGGUCAAAGAGCCUCCUGGUCCCGAUGGCAUCGAGGUUCUCAACAUUAAGGUGGUCCGUGGGGGGGAUCUGGACCGGACCUCCAAGAUCCGCUGCAGCACCCGGGACGGCUCGGCCCAGUCUGGCGUUGACUACAAUCCCAAGAGCAGAGUGCUUAAAUUCACCCCUGGAAUAGACCACAUCCUGUUUAAAGUGGAGAUUCUGUCCAAUGAGGAUAGGGAGUGGCACGAGUCCUUUUCAUUGGUGCUCGGCCCUGACGACCCUGUGGAGGCGGUGCUCGGAGAGAUCACUAUGGCAACAGUGACCAUUUUGGAUCAGGAGGCUUCAGGCAGCCUUAUCCUACCUUCUACGCCUAUUGUUGUCUCCCUCGCUGACUAUGAUCACGUCCAGGAGGUGACAAAAGAGGGCAGCAAGAAGACGCCCUCUCCAGGGUACCCUCUGGUGUGUGUCACCCCCUGUGACCCUCACUACCCCAAGUACUCUGUGAUGAAGGAGCGCUGCGAGGAGGCCGGCAUCAACCAAACCCAGGUUCACUUCUCCUGGGAGGUGGCGGCGCCCACCGACACCAACGGGGCCCGCUCCCCCUUCGAGACAGUCACGGACACCACCCCGUAUACCAGCGUCAACCAUAUGGUCCUGGACAGUAUUUAUUUCAGCCGUCGCUUCCACGUCCGCUGCGUUGCUCAGGCCAGGGAUAAGGCGGGUCACCUUGGAACACCGCUGAGGAGCAACAUCGCCAAAAUCGGCACAGACGGCUCCAUCUGCCACACGCCGGUAACCACGGGAACCGCCAGGGGCUUCCAGGCUCAGUCCUUCAUCGCUACGCUCAAAUACCUCGAUGUCAAGCACAAGGAGCAUCCCAACCGUAUCCACAUCUCAGUGCAGAUCCCCCAUCAGGACGGCAUGCUGCCCCUGGUGUCCACCAUGCCGCUGCACAACCUGCACUUCCUGCUGUCAGAGUCCAUCUACAGGCAGCAGCAUGUCUGCUCCAACCUCGUUACCCUCAAAGAGCUGCAGGGGGUCUCGGAGGCCGGUUUCCUAGACGACGUAUCUUUCGACAGCAUCUCUCUGGGGCCGGGUUACGACCGCCCCUACCAGUUCAACCCCAACGUCCGGGAGGCCAAGAGCAUCCAGCUCUACAAGCACCUCAACCUCAAGAACUGCAUCUGGACAUUUGACGCCUACUACGACAUGACGGAGCUCAUCGAUGUCUGCAGUGGCUCUGUGACUGCUGAUUUCCAGGUUCGGGACUCGGCUCAGUCCUUCCUGACGGUGCAGGUUCCUCUCUACGUGUCCUACAUCUACGUGACAGCGCCGAGAGGCUGGGCCUCUCUGGAGCAUCACACCGAGAUGGAGUUCUCCUUCUUCUAUGACACGGUGCUCUGGAGGACAGGUAUCCAGACUGACAGCGUCCUCUCAGCCAGACUGCAGAUCAUCAGGAUCUACAUCAGAGAAGACGGACGACUGGUGAUCGAGUUCAAAACCCACGCCAAAUUCAGAGGUCAGUUUGUCCCUGAGCACCACACUCUGCCGGGCCACAAGUCCCACCUGAUGGCCCCCGACCACCUCGGAGGCAUCGAGUUCGACAUUCAGCUGCUGUGGAGCGCUCAGACCUUUGACUCACCGUACCAGCUGUGGAGGGCCACCAGCUCCUACAGCAGGAAGGACUACUCCGGAGAGUACACAGUCUUCCUGGUCCCCUGCACCGUGCAGCCCACUCAGCCCUGGAUCGACCCCGGGGACAAACCUCUGUCCUGCACAGCUCACGCUCCAGAGAAGUUUCUGGUGCCGAUCGCCUUCCAGCAGACCAACCGGCCCGUUCCCGUGGUUUACUCCCUCAACACGGAGUUCCAGCUGUGUAACAACGAGAAGCUGUUCAUGAUGGACCCGGCCACUGCUGAUGUCGCCAUGGCUGAGAUGGACUAUAAGGGAGCAUUCUCCAUGGGACAAACUCUGUACGGCAGGGUGUUGUGGAAUCCCGAGCAGAACCUGAACGCAGCAUACAAACUGCAGCUGGAGAAGGUGUACCUCUGCACCGGCAGGGAUGGAUACGUUCCCUUCUUCGACCCCACAGGGACGCUGUACAACGAGGGGCCGCAGUACGGCUGCAUCCAGCCCAACAAGCACCUCAAACAUCGCUUCCUGCUGCUGGAUCGCAAACAGCCGGACGUUAGUGACAAUUUCUUCCACGACGUUCCCUUCGAGGCUUCCUUCGCCUCAGACAUCCCGGACCUGCAGAGCAUGUCGGCCAUGCCGGGCGUCGACGGCUUUACAAUGAAGGUUGAUGCUCUCUACAAGGUGGAGGCGGGGCAUCAGUGGUACCUGCAGGUGAUUUAUGUAAUCAGCCCAGAGUCUCGGUCCGGCCCCAGGAUUCAGCGCUCAGUGACCUACGAGCUGAGCCGCCCUAAACGUGACCUGGUGGACCGCAGCGGGCAACUGACGCUCGACGAGUCUCUGAUCUACGACAACGAGGGCGACCAGGUGAAGAACGGCACCAACAUGAAGUCGCUCCGCCUGGAGGCCGGGCCCUCCGCCGCCUUCAAUGCCCACGUGGGCAGCUCUGUGGGCGGGGGCGUGGCGGCCGUCACCCUGCUGGUCCUGGUCCUGCUGGCCGUCUGCUUCCUGUUCCGCCACUGCCGCCGCUCGGCAGCGAAGAAGAGCAAGAAGGCUCAGAAAGUAUUGGAGGAGUAUCCGCUCAACACCAAGGUGGAGGUGUGCAUGGACAAGUGUAUGGAGAAGAACUUCAGCUCCAAACACUGCACGGUCAGAAACAUCAACAUCAACCGCAACCAGGACGCCAACGGCCAGACCAAGGUCAAACAGGUCAACCUGGAGGUCAAACUCCACAACAAUCUCAACGACGGCACUGAGGUCUGAAACACAGAGGAGAGAGAAGAAAGAAAAAGGAUGAAGCGAAAGUGAAAAACAAAGGUAUUUUCGAAAAGAAAGUUUGUACUUAAGGAAUGAGAUUUUUGUUAAUGUAUUUUUAUACCACUUUGAAAAAGGGAAGAGUGACAGCUACGCAGCGUUUGAAUCAUUUCACAACUGGGCUACCUCAGGAAUCCACAAACCACUCAGCUGCGAGAAACAGCCAAAACAUCUGCAUCCCAUCAUUCAAGCUCCAUAUUAGACCGCCACUAUUAUCAUCACUGUUUGACUUGACAUUGAUAUCCUUUUUAGCACCAAUAUGGUGGCUGGUAGCUCAGACACUGGUGAUUGUUUUAAUGGGAAAACUCUGCUGUAUUGAGUCAUUUCACUGCUACUUAAUGUCACUACUGUAGAGUGGUGUGCAAGUCCUCUUCAUCUAUGCUACAGUUAUCAUGCAGAUUACUUCAUUUUAAGAACCUUUUCCUGUGGACUUCUACAUCGGCUACAGCUGCUUCUGACUUGUGAAAGUUUUUAGUGAUCGCCCGAGGCAGAAUGAGUGCAGAGUGUAAAUAAUAACAAAAAUGAAUGAGACAUACUCAAGUGCAAUUAUGCAAUACAUCUUGUUAAUCCUACCCUCACGAGCAGGAACUUUGUUUGCAUUAAACAUGUAUUUCAAGCCUUAGAGACAUUUGUGCUGUCACCUUGAACAAAAGUGAUAUAUUUUGUGUACGUACUGUACUCGUAUAGCUGCCAAUAUUAAGUGCCAUGCAGUAUUUUUCCUCACAAAUUUCAAAAACUAAUCAUCCAAAGUGUUUUUCUUUUUUUUUCACGAGUAAGAACAUUUCCGUGUGAUUUUAAUAAAUCAGACGCUGUUUGCAUAACAAAGGUUUCACUCCCGUCCACAUGACUGAAUGCUUCAGUCAUGUUACUACCGUUCUUAUGAAAAUAAUCACUUUUUAAAAUUAUGUAUUUUAUAAGAGAUGUGUGUCUACCUGCCUUUGUUCCGCCCAAAGACACUAAAUCCCUCCCUUGUUUUUUAAACUUUUUUUUUCUCAUUUAUGUAUUAUUAUGUUACCCUCUAUGAUGUAUUAUGUAACAUUAUGCUACUGAUGUACCCAUGAUGUUUAAGUUACUUUAAAGUGUAUGACACUGGUUGGAGAGCACUGCAAAGGAAAGAGUUUUCUUGUCUUGUGAGACAUGUAUUUCUCUCCAUUCGUCUCCUGAUCCCACCUCCUGUCUUCUUUCAAAUGUGUGCCUAUCAAAAUAACAUGGGAACAGGAAAUUGUGGCAAAUAACAAUAUAUUUUUGGUGCUAUCAUUUUGUGAAAAAUAACUACGAUGCUAUCAACAUGAUGCCUGUAUUUGGUGCCUUUUUUAGUAAUAAAAAAUAUUAAAACC